GGGAGGGAGAAGGGGGACUCUCCCACGGCUUUGCGAGUGGACUUGCUUGUUUGUUGACAUUUCGUACUGUUUGAAGCCUAAACGCUUGCUUAGUAGUAAAGAUGAGGAUCAUUCUUUACUUUGCGUCCACCAUUUUUCUAGCAUCUCAAUGUAUGGGCCUUGGAAUUCUUGGUUUGUACUGCUAUCGAUGUGUCUCCACUCAUCCAGGAUGCAGCACUCCGUUUAAUUGGCUGUGGUAUUGGGGAGAGCAGUGUCCCGAAUAUGAUGACAAAUGUGUCAAAAUUGUUGAGCGAAAAGGAGCUGAAGAAAUCAUCACACGUGAUUGCUUGAGUGUUUUGCGAAGCAUACGUACCGACAUACCAGCUGACCACUAUGAAGGCUGCCGCCCAGCUGCUAAAGAUAUCAGACUUGGACAUUAUGUCAAUAACUCAAUCAAAGAGUUGGACAUUCAUCACGAUCAUUAUGACAGCACAAAUUGGUGUUUCUGCUACUUUGAUAAUCGCUGUAACAGUGCAUCCUCAAUCAUGCCCUCACUUUUGGCAGUGACCAUUCCAUUGUUCAUGACUUGGCUUUGUUCUCUAUGAACUCAAAAAUCUUUAAAGACAAUAAUCAAGGUUGAAAUUAUGUCAUGAUUAUGUUUUACAUCUUUAUUUUGAUUUCCUUUUAAAUGAACUAUGUGCCGUCCACGUAUUUGUAAUAAGUCCCUUUUUUUAGAUGAUUUUACAAGAAAGUAUGAAUGUACUGACUUUUGCCAACUUUAUAUGGCAAUUAUGUAGUCAAACUACAGUACCCUUUAGGUGCCUUGUAGAUUUACCAUUAAGUACGAUUUAUACUUGAGCACAAAUAACUUGACUUAAUUAUUGUGCAGCAAACGCAGUGAUCAAAAGUAUUUUUAUUUGAACAGAAACAAGUUGCCUUUGUAUCCUUCUUAGUAUUGUGGUUACGGAUCAAUGUUGUGUAGAUGAUUGGUGUUUCUGUGAUUUUAUCUAAUCUUGACACAGUUGUACUGUCAUGUACCUAAACAUAAGGAAUUAUUUUUGAUGCUAUUUUUUAACUGGAUGUAUUAUUGUUUUACUGAAACCCUAUUUAUGAUCAGAUCCUGUAUCUAUUUGUGUGAUUGAACACUGCAGUAGAGUUGCAUUCCAUAUAUUGUGAAUCAUUUUAUGAACUGUUUUGGUAUUUUCCUGUUAUUGAUCUGAAUUUUUUAGUAUUUAUUAGUAAGAUUGCUGUCUGUCUGGAAGACAUUCCGUCCAUAUUUUAAUUAGUUUUAAGAAAUACCCUGUCUGCAUAUUUUUUUCUACUUUCCUAUUGGAUUUUAAAAUUGUGUUAACAAGUUUUAAGCAGACUCAAUUAUGUAUCUGAAAUUGCCAUUUGUAGUUAGAAACAAAGUCACUGUUCACAGAUCUCUGAAUUACUGUGUAUGAAUGCUGCAUGUGUAAUUUUACCAUCAUGGAAAUUUAGUAAGAACUGAAUAUUGAAAUAAAAAACCCAAGCAAAUUUGAA